AUGAAGACGGAAGCGAAAGUUUUAUGUCGAAAACAAUUCGAAAUGUCAACAAGGUCGCUUGGCAAAAAACAGGGCGAUGAUUUCCAACCGGAAAAAUAUGUUGACGAAUUUGGAGAAACGCAAACACAAGCACCACCGAAUUCGUUGGAGGACACCGAAGAUUCAAUUAUGUUGAAAAUUAUCAAAAAGGCCGCAAAAAAUGUGAAAAAAUCGGAUGAAAAAUAG